UUGGUUACCACAACAAACUUGAUGAAGUUGGAACUGUAUAUUUCCGCAAUUUCAGUGAUAAAAUACAGAAUAUAAACUAUAGAAUACUAAUUUGAGGGUUGAAAUAGUGGCAUAUAACUGAAGAUAUGGAAGGAGAGCAGGAAGGAAAGAAAGACGAGAAGGAAACCGACUACAGAAGACUGCAAAGUUAUCCACUCAUUCGGCAUUCAGAUAUGAAUGAAGAAAUGAGGACAGAAGCUAUGGAGUUAUGUGUCACAGCCUGUGAAAAGUUCUCUUCAAACAAUGAGACGGCAGCUAAGAUGAUCAAAGAUGCAAUGGACAAGAAGUUUGGUUCAUCCUGGCAUGCGAUCGUUGGCGAGGGCUAUGGUUUUGAGAUUACCCAUGAGGUCAAGAAUCUGCUCUAUAUGUUCUUUGGCGGUAAUAUAGCAGUCACAGUGUGGAAGUGCUCAUAGUCCCAGGUCUAAUGAUUACGUAUUAUCAUCCCCAAAGAGAAGUCUUAGAAAUAUGCGUACAUCAAAUUGUUCGCAUUCGUUGAUAAUUUAUGUACAAUGUAGAACUAUUACAAAGUUGAUCUCCAACUUGUAUUUUAUGGUGAAUCUCAACCAAGAAAUUACAAAUUGUUACAUUAUUCCAUGUUACAUCAAACAUAUUGAUUUGACUUUUAAGUAAUAAAAUGUACAAAAGCCCUUGCCUUUUCGAAAAUUUCAUUUUAUGUCUUUCGCAUUAGAAGAUACAUCUCUUUCCCUCAGAGUUGUGGGUGGUGAGGGGUCACUGGAGGCUCAUUAAUAAGUAACAUGUUAAGUCAUGUCAUGCAGCAUUUAUUUUGUAAUUCUAUGAUAAAGGUUAAAAUCAAAGCAGCAAAAUGGGAUUUGUUGCUCUUUUUUCAACUUGUUUCAAGAUAGAUUUCUACAUUGUAAUUACAGAUUUCUUUAAGAAAACCUGUUGAUAGUACUUGUAAUUCACUCUGUGUAUAUAUUCAUGUAUAUAU